CCCGCCGCCCAUUCUGUCGCGAACCGCCGGCAACUCCGCACGUUGCCAUGAUUGACUACGCGCGCCCUUACGAUCAAAACAUGUGUGACUAUUAUCUGCCGCAGUCGCCGGCGCCCGCGCGCCUCGACGACUUCCAAGUUUUCAAAAAGGGAUCCGCUACGUGCACCUACGGGAACUACUACACCACUUACGAUGUACUAGCCGAACCCGAAGUUGAUUCUGCCACCAAUGUAUACCACAAUCUCGUCAACCUCCGCGAAUCUUACCGCCAGGAGGAUUGGAGAUACAAAGGCGUCAUCGACUGGUCAGCUGAUGAUACUUUCUCUUGGAUUUUCGAUUGCGCCGUCAACGAGGGAUACAAUGGCUAUGAUAUACCUUUUUACAACUUGAGAAUUCCCGGUAUAGAGUUCAAAAACUUUGGACGUGACGAUAUUCUUCACAGAAUGAUGCACCCCAGCAUUGAUCCCAUCGUAUCACGGAGGAUAGCCGAUAUUUUAUAUGAUAAACUGCAGAUUCGCUUGAGUGAAGAAAUGUUGCGGCACUCCACGGUGUUGAAAUAUGCGGAUCCUUACCAAAAUCAAGAAUCUGUGCAAACUAUGUUGGAUUUGGACUCUAUUGAUCACAAUAAGAAUAGGUUGUAUGCGUCUGAUUACAAGCCGAACGACGGCAGUUUUAUGCAGCCAGCUGACUCGAGUGAUGACGCUGAGGAUGUUUUUGGAUCAACGGAAACCGCAUCACCUGAAUGUGCCUACGGUAGUGAUGGAAGCAAGUCAAGUGAUGACGAAGACAAGCGGAAAUUGUUUAAGAGACCCCCCGGCAGGCCGAAAGGCAGCGGCAGAAAAGUUGGCAAGCGUCCACGUAGCGUGUCCGUCCCGGAGUUCCUAAGAAACUUAUUGUUUGAUGAGAAAUAUUGUCCUUCUAUAAUAAAAUGGGAGGAUUACUCGCAAGGAAAAUUCAGAUUCGUGAAACCAGACGAAGUUGCGAAGCUUUGGGGUCAGAUGAAACAGAACGACAACAUGACAUUCGAGAAAUUCAGCAGAGCUAUGCGGUACCACUACCGGCAGUCAGUGCUCGUGUCGGUGCCCACGGCGCGCCUCGUCUACCAAUUCGGCCACAAAGGACCAGACUUCAGAACCGACAACCCCAACUUCGUUAAAGUCAAAUCGGAAUUGGAUGUUCACGAUAUGACCUUCUCAAAUUCGUAGUUAAGCUUCGGAAUGGUUAACAUUUUGGUCAAUAAUUUGAUUCUCAGAGGAGGAAGGAUUGUGUUAUGUUAAUGUACGCUCUUGGUACAAUUCUUUCUAAUGCUGUUCGUAGUUAGAGAAGUAUUGAGUGCGCUACGUGGUGGGCGUCGAAUGGAAGGAUAUUGUUUGGUUAUGAAAAGAGGAUUGUCCAAGAGCUUAAUUGUUUUCAAUGAUAGAAAGAAUUAGGGUAUUAUGGAGGAGAUUAAUUAGAUAGAUAUUACGAGAAAUGUUUGAAAGGUCACGUAAGCUCAGAGUAGGAAUCGGAAUAGUUUCAAUGGUUGUAUACAGAACAAAGAUUGUUAAAGGUUAGUCCCGUCAAUUAAAGGUUGUAAAACCGAUUUGUUGAAGUGUCCAUAUUAUUUUUUUAAGUGUUUAAGUGUAUUUUCUGACGAUGUACACUUUACGUCUUAGUGAUUUUUCAGAGCUACGAAUUUUUGAUAAAGUAUUUUUGACGUUUCAAUAAUUAUUGUUGUUACCAUAAUAUUAAGGUUUAAUAAUAGUUAUUAGAUUAAUCAAUUAUAAAAACAUUCCAGUUUUAUUGUAAGACGUAUUUGAGAAUUAUUUAUAUCACGUUGUUUAAGUCGAAUUUUGUAAGUUUAUGUUGCCAUAUUGUGAAGUGGUUUAAUGUACUUAAUGAUAUUUAAUUAUUUGACAUUAGUUUUUUUCUAGAAAAAUACAUAAGUGAUAAGACACGUCUCUCAGUGUUUAAGAUUAUAUUAUAUUUUAUAAGAUAAAAAGGCGCGAAUGUGCAAUAAAAUUUAGAAUGACAAGUGUAAAGAUCUGUAGGCCAAAGAUAAUGUAGUAAACAAAAAAAAAACAUGUUUUUUUUUCUUGUGAAGUUCUCUUAAUAUAUCUAGGUAUUAUACAUUAGUAUUUAAGUUUAUAACUCUCAGGCAAUUGCUGUGAUGUAAAGUAAAUUUGUAAAAUUACUUUUAUUUAUGUAAAUACUAAGUUUUAAUUAAUCUAAGUGUUUAUUUUUUAAGUCCGAAUUAUUAUUUUUGUUUUUUAAUAAUGGCUUCAAGGUACAACUAACAUUAUUCAUCGCCAGAGGAGAAAACAAAACUAAAACACAUAACUAAUGAUUUAUUUAUUUAUUUUAAUUGAAUGUAGGUACCUAUUUUAUUCUAAAUAACACGCCUUUGUAUCAAUAUAUCGUAACGGAAGUACAAUUUUUUUUUAAAAACAUCACAUUUUAAUAGUUGUUUUUUUUCUAGCAUUUUUACAUUUUAAACCAUGCAUAAUAACUGCGGUUAUUUAUAAAAUAUAGACGUACCUCGAUUAUAAUUAAAGAUCAAUUCGUAUGAGAUUUUAAGCUUUUUUUAAAUGUUAGAUAUUAUAAUAUAAUAUACUAUUAUGCUCUGUAGAACAAAUUCAUUUGUACGUAUUAUAAAAUUAAUUUUUCUUACAGUAGGUACUUUCAAGUUAUAUAAAAAAUAUCCGAGACGAACUUAUUUCAUUUCAUUAAAAGAAAAAGUAAAAUAAUAAUUUGAUAUGCCGAAUAAUUCGGCAAUUAUUGUAUAAUUAAUUGAUUGCUUUCCUUAUUAACGUUUUUUUUCAUAAUAUGGACUUAAUACAUAUAUUACUAAAAUUAACCUUGUCCGAACUGUUUUCAUUAUAUUAUAUAAUUAGGUAUAAGAAUUUAUAUACAUAAAAUUGUGCUCAAUUACCUGUCUUUUAUGUAUAAUUUUAGACGUUCAGUAUCUAUACAGAGUGUCCCACUAUUGGUAUACUUAGCGCGAAGGGACUUAUAAUUAUUUUGCAUACACUGAUCACGUUGGGCGGGUUGCUUGUUAUGG